CCGUAGCCGCAUCCAGACUCAGCGCUGUCACAGCAAGAGGAUAGUAAGUUAUUAGUCAGCUGACAGAAGAAUAAUCCUCUCCAUAACGACUCCGAGCCGCUAACAUUUAAUUCAUAAUGUCUGACAAAAGUGAGCUGAAAGCAGAGUUAGAGAGAAAGAAACAGCGACUGGCCCAGAUCAGAGAGGAGAAGAAGAGGAAAGAAGAAGAACGUAAGAAGAAAGAGCUGGAUGGACGGAAGGAGGGAGCGUCUCCUCUGCAGGAUGACUCUGAUCUGGAGAGGAAGAGGAGGGAGGCAGAGGCUCUGCUGCAGAGCAUGGGGAUAGUGGACGCCUCCAUGGUGCAACCUCUGCAUGUGGUAACAGAAGAUACGUGUCUGUUUCACUAUUUAGUCCCCCCUCCCAUGUCCCCCUCUGCCAAAUCAGUGGGCACACCCAGCGAAACAGGCAGCCAGGACUCAGGAGACGGCGGCACGGGGCCGAGGACUCUUCAUUGGGACUCUGACCCCUCUACUCUGCUGCUCCAUUCAGACUCUCAGCUCGGACGUGGCCCGCUGAAGUUGGGCAUGUCAAAGGUCACGCAGGUGGAUUUCCCGCCCAGAGAGCUGGUGUCGUACACAAAAGAGACCCAGACGCCCACACAGACUCAUCACAAAGACGAUGAGGAAGAGGAGGAGGAUUUGGCAGUGACGCAGCCUGCUCUGGAGCAUCAAGAGGAGAAAGACUCUCAGAAAGAGGAAGAGGAAGCGCCCCCUCAUGAGCUGACGGAGGAAGAGAAGCAGCAGAUUCUUCACUCGGAGGAGUUCGUGACUUUCUUUGACCACAGCUCUCGAAUCGUGGAGCGUGCUCUCUCUGAGCAGGUGGACGUGUUUUUCGACUACAGCGGACGAGACCUUCAGGAUAAAGAGGGAGAGUCUCAGGCUGGAGCCAAACUCUCCCUGAACAGACAGUUUGCGGACGAGCGCUGGUCUAAACACAGAGUCGUCACCUGUCUCGACUGGUCACCGCAGUACCCAGAGCUGCUGGUGGCGUCAUACAGCAGUAAUGAAGACGCUCCACAUGAGCCCGACGGUGUGGCUCUCGUCUGGAACAUGAAAUAUAAGAAAACCACACCGGAAUAUGUCUUCCACUGCCAGUCUGCAGUGAUGUCAGCAGCGUUUGCACAGUUUCAUCCUAAUCUGGUGGUUGGAGGCACGUACUCGGGGCAGAUCGUCCUGUGGGACAACCGCAGUAACAAAUGCACCCCUGUGCAGAGGACGCCGCUCUCCGCCUCGGCUCACACGCACCCGGUGUACUGUGUGAAUGUGGUGGGGACGCAGAACGCUCACAAUCUCAUCAGCAUCUCCACUGACGGCAAGAUGUGCUCCUGGAGUCUGGACAUGCUGACCACGCCGCAGGACAGUUUGGAGCUCGUGUUCAAACAGUCCAAGUCAGUGGCCGUCACCUCCAUGUCAUUUCCUCUGGGGGACGUCAAUAACUUUGUGGUGGGCAGUGAGGAUGGGUCCGUCUACACCGCCUGCAGACACGGCAGUAAAGCGGGCAUCAGUGAGAUGUUUGAGGGUCAUCAUGGACCAAUCACAGGCCUCGACUGCCACACAGCGUCAGGACCGGUCGACUUCUCUCACCUGUUUGUCACUUCCUCCUUUGACUGGACCGUCAAACUCUGGAGUACCAAGAACAAUAAGCCCUUGUACUCUUUCGAGGAUAAUUCAGACUACGUGUAUGACGUCAUGUGGUCUCCCACACACCCCGCGCUGUUUGCCUGCGUGGACGGAGUCGGACAUUUGGACCUGUGGAACCUCAACAACGAAACAGAGGUUCCCACAGCGAGCGUGACGGUGGAGGGACACCCCGCGCUGAACCGUGUGCGCUGGGCUCAUUCGGGACGAGAGGUGGCUGUCGGCGACUCUGAGGGCCAGGUGCACAUUUAUGACGUUGGAGAGCAAAUCUCAGUGCCGCGGCAGGACGAAUGGACGCGGUUUGUGCUCACGCUCACCGAGAUCAACGAGAACCGCGAGGACGUGGAGGAACUGGCUGCUCAACGAUUGGCUGCAUGAUCACCAUAGCAACCCCUGCUGACCAAUCAUAUCUCCACCCUCGCUGAAGUUAUUUUAGUGACCGGCUCUUUUUUUAAUUCUAGAGACAAAUGGAUUAUUUCAGACAGCAAGACUUUACUAUUAACAACUGAAGCACUUAGUGUUGCUAAACAUUUUGGAGUAAUAAUAUCAGGCGGGAAUUAUAAUAUUUGAAUCUAUUUCCAGGAUUAGAGGCUGAUUUGGAGGAAAGGGAGGAUUGAUUGCUGUACUGCAGCACUAACACUACCAAUAUGCAAACUAUUGUACAGCAUCUUUAGACACUGAAGUAACCUGAGUAACAGGAGAAAUGUGUUUUUAAAGAGGUGGAAUAUUUUUAACGUUCCCUUCUGGAUAACCUUUCACUUUAUUGGAUUAUUUAUAGCUUUUUAACAAAUACAUUUUGUUUUUAGCUCAUAAAGACUGAACGCACAUAAAUCAGCACACUUUUCAACAUGUAACUCAGUUCUAACUUCUGAAUGCCUUAAAGCUAAUUUUAUAACACACACACACACACACACACACACAAGUAUCCACAAUCUUCCAUCACAGCAUUGCCCUCUUGGUGCUUGUUUAUUCCAUGACUGAAAAAUCUUUUUUUUUCCCUUUGCAAAACAUUGGUAGAAAUCUAUAGAUCACGGUUUUAAAAAUGUCCCAUGAUUUGUUAUUUCAAAAGGGCUUGGAGAAAAACCGUGGUCCUUUGAUUAGCAUUAACCUAAAACCUCCCUUUGGCACAUAUUUAGACUAAUAGACAGUGUUAUUAUUUUGCCAUUUAUUUUAUGAAGACAUUUUUCCUUUAACGGUUAAGCAAGUAGUUAAUAGCCAGCUUGACAACAUCUGCAUCCGGUUAUAUUUAUGUAUAUUUUCCAUUUUAAUCUGUAAUUUAACAUAUUUAUUUGUAAUUUGAAUUUAGUGACCUCCCAGCCAAUAAUGCGACUGCUCUUGCAGAAAUUUUUAAUAUUUCAGUUUAUUCAUUAUCUGUGGAUUUUAUUAGUAUUUAUGUAAUUUGUGUGUUUUUCUUGAUAUUGUAUACGCAGCAUUAUUGAGUGACAAAAUCUCGAGACCUAAAAUAGCUUCCCUUUUACAUUCAUAUAAUUUUUAGUGUAAAGUCGAAACAAAUAUUGGCAUUUAGUAAUGUUUUUAAUGGAUAUGUGUCAAACUUGGACAAAAAAUUAAAAGGGUUCAGAAAAUCUCAAAUGAAAAUGUACUUGAUAAACUUGAGCAGUCCAGAAAGUCAAACCUGCCUUAAUCUAGACAAAUCUUCUGAAUCAACGCUGGUGUGUUUUUGUCCGUUUCUAUUGAGUGUGGUUUUUCUGAAAUGAAGGAAGCUCUGGAUACUUGCCUCAGUAUCUGACAUCUGAACAUAUUCAUCAGGGUCCCACGCUCAUACAAACACAGAUCAGAUCAUGGAAAUUAUAAAAUCACUAUAUUAACAACUCCAGGAAAGUUGUGUAAAUAACAUUUCUUUAGCUUCUUUAGUUUCUAUAGUUUGGGCUGUCAUAGUUAUGAGCGUUUGGCUAAUGAUUAAUUGUUAAAUAAUUAUGAACAAUUUAAUAGUAACAGCUUAAUACCCAUACACAGUUAAUGGGUUAACUUAUUCAUAAUGAAUAUGAAACAUUCAUAACUACACAUGACAAUGACAAUAUAAAAAAUUAUUAAAAGCAUUUUAAAAUAUUUUAGGCAUUUCAAAUGCAUAUUUGCUUAAAAUUCCCUUAUUUGGAUAUGAUUGGACUUUCAAAAGCACAUUGAGCACAGUCAAAAAAACCAAUUGCAUCAGUCUUGACAAGCCUAAUCAUAUGCAAAAUAUUUCCUCAGCUAGAAGUGCUUUGUGCAUGCAUCUUUUUGCAUCCAGUAAAUAUGAAUGCCUGGCAACAUCAUAGGAAAUCCAUUGGUCAAAUUGUGUGGGAUCCCUGAUAUACAUGACCAGGACAAGCGUGUUGAUCUUGCAUGCGUGUUCGGUCCUCCAACGACUUCACUAACUCACUUUAUCCGACCUCUUUUGUAACUUGCAGUAAUAAACUCAAUAAAACCUUCACAAACUAGAAAUAAAAUUGAACUGUAUUGAUUUAUUUCCAUAAAAUACAAGAAUGAAUUGCUUUUAAAUAAUUUUCUACAUUUCAAAUCAACCAUGCUUGCUCCGAUCAAUCAGUCAAGUUUUGAAACCUCUGGACAUCAUUCAGUGUGAUGCAGACAGCGAGAGAGACACAUCUCUGUGCAUGAGAUGUACAUGUAUAUACAGUACAGUACAUGUGCAAGCUACGCAAAGCCUAUUGAGCAAAUGAAGAGCGCUACAGCAUGCUUCGGUCACAUCAAUACAUCAUAAUCAUGAGAUUAAAACUCAAAAGCAGCAAAUGUGCAUCUUGGGGAUCAGAGGAACACAAAACCAACAGUACGUGUCAUGGUUUUCCUUUCAGGAGUGUUUCAUGAAAAGCUCUUUAGCUUUCGUUUCAGUGGCUGAUGAGAGCCCUUGUUAGGAAUUUCACUGUAAGUGUUGCUUUAGGUCUCGAUCGGUGUGGCAGACGUCUACCCUGUGCUUCAGAAAACACACUAACGCUGAGCUUUAACCAAUGUUCUUCAUCAGAACUGAGGCACUGAUAUGGGUUAAAGCUACCAGACUCUGAAAACGAGUAUAAUUUCCCAUGUCCCCCACCUAAAAA